GGGCCGGGGAAGGGGCGGGGCCCGCUGGACCUGGAGCUGUCCUCGCCUUCUCUGGCCGCCGCCUCUGCCCCGCGCUGCGCAGUGCUCCUGCUUUAGGCGCCGCGGGUCCUGAGCGUCGGCUUCCAGGCACAGGUUUCCCAAAGGACAAAGAAGAUGGAAGAGGCUGCGAACCAGUUGCAGCCACUGAGUGAGAGUCAAGUAGCCAACUCUGAGGGCGGAUCCGUAUGGCAGGUCACAGACAUGAAUCGGCUGCACCGCUUCUUGUGUUUUGGUUCUGAAGGUGGCACCUACUACAUCAAAGAACAGAAGCUGGGUCUCGAGAAUGCUGACGCCUUAGUUAGAUUGAUUGAAGACGGUAGAGGAUGUGAAGUGAUACAGGAAAUCAAGUCAUUUAGUCAGGAAGGCAGGACUGCAAAACAAGAGCCGUUGCUGUUUGCACUUGCCAUCUGUUCUCAGUGUUCGGACAUCAAGACAAAGCAAGCAGCCUUUAAAGCUGUCCCUGAAGUUUGUCGCAUCCCGACCCAUCUCUUCACUUUUAUCCAGUUUAAGAAAGACCUGAAGGAAAGCAUGAAGUGUGGCAUGUGGGGUCGUGCUCUCCGGAAGGCCGUGGCAGACUGGUAUAAUGAAAAAGGUGGCAUGGCCAUUGCUCUGGCAGUUACAAAGUAUAAACAAAGAAAUGGCUGGUCUCACAAAGAUCUCCUAAGACUGUCACAUCUUAAACCUUCCAGCGAAGGACUUGCUGUUGUUACCAAAUAUAUAACAAAGGGCUGGAAGGAAGUCCAUGAACUGUAUAAAGAAAAGGCACUUUCUGUGGAGACUGAAAAGCUAUUAAAGUAUCUGGAGGCCGUGGAGAAAGUGAAGCGUACAAAAGAUGAGCUGGAAGUCACGCACCUGAUUGAAGAGCACCAGCUAGUUAGGGAGCACCUGCUCACAAGUCACUUGAAGUCUAAAGAGGUAUGGAAGGCUUUAUUACAAGAAAUGCCCCUUACUGCACUACUGAGGAAUCUGGGAAAGAUGACUGCUAAUUCAGUGCUUGAACCAGGCAAUUCUGAAGUAUCUUUAGUAUGUGAAAGACUAUGCAAUGAAAAGCUGCUCAAAAAGGCUCGUAUACAUCCAUUUCAGGUUCUAAUUGCAUUAGAAACCUACAGAACAGGUCAUGGACUCCGAGGUAAACUGAAAUGGACUCCUGAUAAAGACAUUUUGCAAGCAUUGGAUGCUGCUUUUUAUAAAACAUUUAAGACGGUUGAGCCGACUGGGAAACGUUUCUUGCUAGCUGUUGAUGUCAGUGCUUCUAUGAACCAGAGAGUGUUGGGUAGUGUACUCAAUGCUAGUACUGUUGCUGCAGCAAUGUGCAUGGUGGUCACACGAACAGAAAAAGAGUCUUCAGUAGUUGCUUUUGCAUGUGAUAUGGUUCCAUUUCCUGUGACUACUGACAUGACCUUACAGCAGGUUUUAACGGCUAUGAAUAAAGUCCCAGCAGGUAGCACUGAUUGCUCUCUUCCAAUGAUCUGGGCCCAGAAGACAAACACAGCUGCCGAUGUCUUCAUUGUAUUCACUGAUAAUGAGACCUAUGCUGGACAGGUGCAUCCUGCUGUUGCCCUGAGGGAGUACCGAAAGAAAAUGGAUAUUCCUGCUAAAUUGAUUGUCUGUGGAAUGACAUCCAAUGGUUUUACCAUCGCAGACCCAGAUGAUAGAGGCAUGUUGGAUAUGUGCGGCUUUGAUACUUCGGCUCUGGAUGUGAUUCGAAAUUUCACAUUGGAUGUAAUUUAACCAUAAGUACCAGAAUGGCCUGAGGGGUCCACUGUUGCAGUGGACUUCACAAGAAUUCACAGCUACUUCCCGGCUAAAUGCAGUAGUGAGAAGUGUCAUCAGUGUGUGCAUGAUGGAAGGGGACUUUGCCAAGAGCAGGAAAAGAGGAGAGGAAGGAAAAACAUGUUGAGCCCAAAGGUGCAGGUCUCAACCAACUCUUGAGAAGUCUUCAGGAUACUUUAGCUUUCUCAUAGAGAACUUCUUUUAAUAGACUGUAAAAUAGUUGUGCUUUACUCCGGUGAAUCACACAUUUCCACUUAAAGCAGGUGAGAUCUAAAUGUAUAAGUUGCCUCACAUGUCACUUGUUUAAGAAGUGCUUGUUUUCUUAAGGAUUUUCAUCGGAAAAGGACAGUUUUCAUAAUGUCCAAAUGCUCUGAAGUGCACUAGACCAUGUGACUGUGAUGGAAAUGAACCUCUUGAGGUAAAUUUUUAUACCAAGGAUUUAAAAAAAAAAAUACUAAAACUAAAUUAUGAAUGAGUUUUACAAAUUCAGUUUUCUAAGAUCAUAUGAACAGCAGCUUUCUUAUUCAAUGAAAAAGGUGUUUUAUUUGUACUGAACUAGAAUCUGCUACCAUUUUGGAAAAAAAAAAAAACAUGGAAAUCCCUAAGGAACCUGUUGAGUUUGAGUAGGCUGAGGAAUUUGCUUUGUAUCCUUGUAUUUACUUCCCCAAGUGAAGCAACAACAGUGUCUCAUGUACUUAACACUGUCCUGUUUUCAUAUUCAUAUUGAAAACAAAGUGUUUCACAUACUUAAGCCCCCCCAUUCAUAAUCCUGCUAGUAUAACAAUUGAAAUCCCAACUGUAAAGACAUAGCUUUUCCCAAACCCCUAAAAUACCUUUAGUUAUUUUUUAUAGUUUUCUAAUACUGUUUAUCUGUGGUCCUUUAUAUUUUUGCGCCCUAUUCAUCUUGUGUCUAAUUUCUUCUUUGAUAGAAAUAUAGAAAGUAUAGAAGUAAUAAAGCAAGCUAGAUCCUUCAAGUUCAAAAGCAAUUUUAGAGUAGCCCACUGUCAACCAGUGAGUGGAUAGAGGAAACUUAAAAACAUGUUUUGUACAAAUUAAACUUCUUUUCCAUACUAACAUACAUUCUCUUCUUGAGAGAGGUCACAUGUUUUCAUUGGGAGGUUUAGCAUGAAGAUGGCCUAAAGAAAGGCUAGUAGCUUUUCUCUUGAUUUUAUAAUGGUAUCUAAGGUAGUUUAUACUAAAACUUUAAUUUUUAUGUAUUCUAUAAAUAUUCAAGGUUUACUGAGGGCUUAUAAAGCCUUCUCACUUUAUAUGAAAAGUCAAAAGCUGGUAUGUAUAGGUUAAAUAACCUUAUAUGUGUUUUGGGGGUGAAGUUUUUACCUGGGGAGGAAAGGGUCUUUGCUAUUAUGAGGAUUUAUAUACAUAAUUUCUUCUCUUUCCUAAGAAAAUUAGGAUGUGAGAAUAAGAAAAUGUUCUCUUCAGACAGAGUUCACAUAUUAGUGAGGUUUGAUAUGUAGCUAUUCUUCCAGGACAGUGACAGUUUGGUGUUAAUAGCAAAGAUAGUAAUACCUCCCAUUCUAAACACCAUUGCUUCUGAUGCUAUUCUGAAUUUCAUCAUGUGGAUUUCACAUCUUUACUUCUGAUACACUAAAAUUUCAUAUUCAAUUUGAAUUUAAGGUUUAAAAACCCUAAAAAUUACAUGAGAGCUAUUGACUUCUUUAAACCCAGGAUUCAAGUUUUAAUCUGAUCUAAUUUAUGAAAUGUUACAUGGGGUGUUAUACAACUGUUUAUUUCUUUUACUUCUGUGCUAUUUAGAUAGUGCUUUUAGGCAAGCAGAGUAUGUCUUAAGAAAGAAUAUUUAAUCCAUCAGGGAAAUCAGAUUAGAAGUGACCCUUCUACCUAAUUAAAUAGGUUAAGAUUGAAGAGAGAAGCCAGGUGUGGGGGCACAAGCCUUAUUCCUAGCACUGGGAAGGCAGGGGAAUCUCUAAGUUAGUAGUCAGCCUGCUCUACAUGGCAAGUUCCAGACCAGUCAGGGCUAAGUAGUGAAACCCUGUCUCUUAAAAAAAAAAAAAAAAAGAAGUUCUAAGAAAGAAAAAAGUAAAACAACAGACCCUGCUGAAAGCAAUUUUAUUCUCAAAUCAUAAAACUUCAGAGUAAAAAGAAACCUUAGAUGAUUUUUUUCUUUUUCUUUCCUUUUGAUUUUUUUCUUUUUUGUUUUCUUUUUAUUUAUUUUAUUUUAUUUUAUUUUAUUGAGUCAGGGUCUCUCUGUAUAAGAGCCCUUGCCAACCUGGAGCUCACUCUUCAGACCAGGGUAGCCUCAGACUGAGAGAUUCUCCUGUCUCUGCCUCCCAAGUGCUGGGGUUAAAAGGCAUGCACCACUAUGCCUAGCAUAAGGCUGGAUGAUUUUGGAGAGAGGUGGCCUAGAAGGCUUUGUCUCUGGUCACCACUCUCGCAUUUCCUUUCUCAUACAUAGGAACAUGUUGAUUUAGUAAGAGGUAUGGUAGAAUUAUGCAGAAUUUUUACCCUAUUUAGACAUUAGGAAUUGAUGAUAUGCAUGAUUGCUUUAGGAAAUAGUAAGCAACUCUCAAACACAAUUAUGUCUUAACAGCCUAUGUUGCUAUAUUAUAUAGCCCCAUAGAAAGGCUUUACCUCAUUAAGCAUAGGAUACACUCAAGUGGUAAACAAGUUUUAUUUUCCAAAUUACCACUAGGGUUACUCUUAAGUAAAUAGUAUGGAAAAUACUACUUUAAAAAACAAUCUUAGCCGGGUGUUGGUGGCACAUGCUUUAGUCCCAGCACUCGGGAGGCAGAGGCAGGCUGAUCUCUGUGAGUUUGAGGCCAGCCUGGCCUAUAAGAGCUAGUUACAGGACAGCCUCCAAAGCAAUACAGAGAAACUCUGUGCCGAAAAACCAAAAAAAAAAAAAAAAAAAGGAAAGAAAAGAAAGUAAAAAAAACAAUCUUAAGAAAGUAAACUUUAUUUCCUAGAUAGUAUGUAAAUAUUUCCAGGAUUUAGUUAUUAGUAAACAAAACACUAAUGUUUUCAUCUCACCAUUAUUGACACUGUUACUUAGUAACUGUCUUAAGAGUGCUAGGGAGCUAGUGGGUAGAAUGUACUUCCACCUCUGGAGGCUCCUCCCUUCUUUCAGUCUCUCUGUCUCUCAGACAGCCAGUUUGCUCGCCUACAAAUUAGCAUCUUAGUCUUAGAUCAUAGGAGAACCAGUAGCUUAAUAUUUACCUAAAAUUGAAACAGAAAGGAGACGUUUCAAUACAAGGUCAACUUCAUUUUUAAUUAUAAACACCAAGAUGCCACCACUGUUCUCUGUUAGUAACAAGCACUCUCUUAUAUUAACCUGUUUGAAUAACAAGUCUGCAACUGAAAAAAACACCAUUUUCAGGUUGUUUCUUACUUUUCUAGAUUUUGCAAAAACAAAACAAAAAUCAUAGCGUGUAAAUUUGAGAGUAUAACAAUUAAGAACCAUCUUCAGAAGCACAGUAAAGGUACAUCUAAGCAGGAAAUGAAGGCUGAAUCAUUUUAAGUUCUUGGAGUUAUUUUCUUGUGACCUAAAGAUAUUGUCCCAGGGCCAUCAAGAAGUCUUUGUGGGUAAAGACACUUGCCACCAAGCCUGAAGAAUUGCACUCAGUUCCUGAGUUCCUGGACCCCACAUGGUAGGAGGAGAAGGACAAUUCCUGCAAGUUGUCCUCUGAUCACAUGUACGCCAUGGCAUGUGUAUAUGCGUAUGUGUGUGUAAAAGUGGAGAAAAACCAAGAGAUACUGCAACAGAUUUGGUGGCUGUGUGGUGUGCUGAAAAAUCUGGUCUUGAAUUAGGUUAGCUUUGUUAAGAUACAAAUUGUCAUCUUGGAGAAAUGUCAUACAGCCAUAAGGAAGGGUCAGGAAAGGUGAUAGGUUCUUUAGUGAAAUAAGCCACUAUUAACUCUGACUUUACUGUAUUUUCCUGAUAUUCGUCCACUGAUCUCUUGUUUCUUGGAAGAUUAUUUCAAGACCAGUUUUCUCCUUUAUAAGUCGUCUCACAUUUUUUCCUUUUUUCUGGUUUGAUUCAAUUGGGUAAUAAACUGUAUGACCAGAAAGUCAUCCUCAUUCAAGCUUGGGGUGAAUCUCUGGCAGAUUGUUUUUCAUUUUA